AAAACAGCUGUUCGGUGAAGUUCGGUGCGGUGGUGGAUUCUGGAUAUGUUUAUCGGUGCGAGUGUACGGGGAUGCGUUGUCAUUCCGAGGCAGCAUCACGACGUCGAUUCACGAGAUAACGAAGGAGCUGGAAAUGAUGUGAUCGUGGUAUAUAGGAUGAUCGCGAGUCGGUGGUAAACACGCUACGCCCGCUGCUACGUGCGUGAGGAGGUGCGGCUUUCGGGUUAUGUUACGGCGGCCCCGCACACAAGAAUCAUGGCACAGUGCAAGUUAACCCCGCGGGAGUUCAUCGGCAAUGCGUUCUCCCCGCAGGUCGCCGUAGUCUGCUCGGCCGCUGCCGACGCCACAUGCCAAAAGAAUAAUCUGUCGUUCGUCGAAUUGCUCCAGCCAUUUUGCAAAUUGAACACCGAAGGACACUUUAAGGAUCCCCAAGGCAAUACUAUAGCGAUUAGAAAUCUUCGUCUUUCUAUACAAGACAUUAAUGCGCGGCCACCAGAACCAAGUCUUGCCAAAAAGUUGUUGAACGAAGCGGUUAGUUCUGCUUUAUGCGAACGUACAACUACGAUUCACAUUGGCGCGACCGAGUUGGAUAUCCCUGUCUCUGUUCCUUGGUUCGAAGCAUGGAGAGAAAUGUUUUUAAGUGUCCAGUUUCCAUCAGAUCACGAAUUCACAAAGCAUCUGCUCGCAUGUAUGAUAGUUGUUUCUACAGCGGAGGACAAUCCAUUAGAGCGAAUUCAGACUAUGGGAGCGCAAUUGCAUCAAAGUAUACCAGGAAAGUUGCCUAAAUGGUUCAAUAAUAAUGCCCUUAGGUAUUACAUCUUAGUUCACGAUGCUAUUCAGGAUGACAGAAAUAAAGCAGAAACAGUUUUUACAGAGAUGAAGACUAUUUAUGGUGCUAAUAAUUGCUUUCUGUUACAAAUGAAUUCGAGACCGCCUGGUCUUUCCGACGAUAAUACGCAUUUGCCCGAUCCUUGGAGUCAGUUCUUAAUAAAACAUUCGGAAUUGGCUGGUAAUAAUGAACAAAAUAGUUCCCCUCGUACGCCUGCAGAUACAGGCGGAGUGUCUGCUAUGCCGAGCGAACUGACUACAGAGACCGAAAAAACAAGCCAAGCUGGAACACCGUUAAUGCCACACAACUGUAUUACACUACCAUCUCCAGAUUUGACGGAGUUAGUUGCCGGAGUUGAUACGAUUAGUCUCUCUGAAAUAUCCGAGUCAGCAAAUACAAAUCUUGAAGUCGGACAAGAAGCAGUUCCGGUUACAAUUCAUCCUCUCAGUCCAGAUAAUGAGAAAUCACAAAGUUUUAUUCCAGCGACUAAUGUCAAAGGUCAAUUCGUUAUUACUAACUCACCAAUGAAUACGAAUGUCUGGGCGGAUUCUCCGAAUUAUGUGGUAGCUCAACACGGUGCUCGUCUUUCCACCCAAGAUUUAGAAAGAUUACGGACAUUAAUAACGGAAUUUUGUUUGCGGAGCUUGUUGCCUUAUGUAGAAAAGCAGAUUGGCCUAUUGAACGACGUGAUUUCAAACAAGAGAGUCAGUAGAUCGCUAUUUAGCGCUACGAAAAGGUGGUUUAGUACAAAUAAGCCUGGUGUGCCAGGUUCGGCGCCAUCGAAUGCUGUAAUUUACACAGCAGAAUCGCCAGAAUUACAAUUACGACGCUUGGGCGAUCUGUGUUUCAUGUUUGGUCACUAUUCGCUCGCUUAUCAGGCAUAUCACAGCGCGAAGCGCGACUUUGCAGCAGAUCAGGCUUGGGUGUAUUACGCUGGCGCUCUUGAAAUGGCUGCUUUAAGCGCUUUUAUGCAAGGCGAAACGAACAGAAAGACUAUCGAGUACAUGGACGAUGCAAUAUUAACUUUUGCAAAUAGUUGUAAGACGCCUCAGUUCGCGACAAGGGCGACGCUGCUCAGUGCCGAGUGUUUGAAGGGUCGGGGAUUAUAUGGAGAAGCCGCGAAGCAGUUGAUACGGAUGACCAGCGAGGAUUCCGAUUUACGUUCGGCCUUACUGCUCGAGCAAGCUGCUUAUUGCUUUAUCGGCCCGAAAAUGAUGCGCAAAUAUGCCUUCCACGCGGUUCUGGCUGGACAUAGAUUCUCGAAAGCUGGCCAAAAAAAGCAUUCCUUAAGGUGUUAUCAACAAGCGUAUCAGGUAUAUUAUGAAAGGGGCUGGUCUUUGGCAGAGGAUCAUAUACAUUUCACGAUCGGCAGGCAGGCUGCAUCUCUGAAACAAGUUUCCGAGGCGGUAAAGGCGUUUGAAAAGUUACUUAAUGCUUCAAGUAAACAACACGCUCCGCAACAGGCUGCAUUUUUACGAGAAUUUUUACAUAGUCGUAACUUGUUUCAGGAAAACGGUACGAGUUAUACAGUACUUCCUAUUUUACCUUUGCCGUUAUUAGAUAACAACAAUAUCAAAGUACUGUACGGUCCGUUAGGCAAACAAACCGAAAGCAAUAUUCCAGCGAGUCACGUUACGUUCAAUACUGAAGAGACGGAUGACGCGAGAUGGUCGAAAAUGGAGGAAUUGCUGAUAACCGAGGCGCAGGGUUCUCCGCCUAUGAUAUUUAAACCGACAAUUGCGUUGUACUCUAGAACAAGUAAUAACUCCGUAAAACCCAAUGCAGUUCUAGACGAACCUGUGCAUUAUUCCAUCGAGUUGCACAAUCCGUUACACGUCCCGCUACCACUAUCAGACGUGACCCUGUUGUGGUCAUUCAUUUGCAAUAACGAGACUAUCACGAAUGAAAUAAAAACAACCGAUAAUUCAAAUCCGGUCGUUUCAGAUAUUAUAGAUACAAUUCUGUUGCAACCAGCAUGCAAACAGAAUAUCGUGUUGUCUCUUACGCCCAGACAAGUGGGCGAAUUGAAGAUCUUAGGUAUAAGUUAUAAAUUGUCCAAUCCAGUACAGAUGACAAGUGAUUCAUCAAUCUCAAAUUCGACCAUUGUCGCCGGUAAAAGAUUAUUUGAGAUUACGCCGCCCAAAUUAAAAAAUAUCAAAGAGAAACCCGGUGUGAAUAUGUACGGGAAGGAUUAUAGGCUGGAAAUGAACGUGAUAGAGAAGGCGGCAUUUAUGCAGAUACUCUUCACUAAACUAUCGCCAGAAAUGCUAUGCGGCGAGGUACAAAGGGUAGAAGUCACGUUAAAGAAUGUAGGUAAUGCACCGUUGACGAACAUACACAUCGCAUCCACCGACGCGAAACUUUUUACAUUAGGAAACACAGAAAUUGAUAAAUUCGGAAGUGAAGAUUCAAUUGCAAAGAAGAGCAGUAAGUUAGUCACAAAGGUGAUAUUACCAGUUUCCAAAAAUGGUAUAUUGAAUGUGAGCGAAACUCACAAAAUGCCACUUUGGGUGCAAGCACCCCAUGUAAAAGGCACUUACAGAUUAGAUUUGCUUUUCUAUUACGAAAGCGUCGAAUCAAAAGCUACUUUGAAACACCGUUUGUGCCGACACACUUGGCAAUUAACGGUGUUAGACUCAAUACAAAUUACCGCGGUUGCUGCCAGAAGCAGAUUGUUCAAGGAUGACUCGCCGACGUUAAAUUUAAUCAUGUCUGUUAAGAAUACGAAUCAGGUUCACGAUCCAUCUAUAAAUGAGAUUAUCUUAUCCGAAGUAUCACUUCAGAGCGCCGUAUGGUCCGCGUUUCACUCCUCGGUUCUGCCGCCAAGCAUAAAGGUACAACCUCAAGAGGUGUUCCAUCUGAUGCUGAAGCUGAAAAAGAGGAAGGCUGAUGGCGAGUCGAUUAUUUCAAGCGUGUCCUUAACUCCCAACGAAGGCGGCGAGACGUUGACCAACAGUUAUCCGUUUAUUAAUUUUGUACAGAGACGUCAUAUUCAACCGCUGGACGUGAAUGAAAGUGCGAGUGACGCACAACAGUUUCAAUCGCAACAGAAUGCUGAGCGCAACUCUGUAUCGGAUGUCAUGGCAUUGAAUUCUACACUGAUUGUCAAAUGGUGCGCCAACGUGACGGAGAGCGGUGUGAUUACUCGGAUGGCGGUUGGACAGCAUCAUCUCGAACUCGAGCAUUUAAACAAAACGUAUAAACAUCCGAAGGAUCCGCGCACCGAGCGUAAUGAAUAUGGCGCUCGUUUGAAAAUUUUCGGUCCGGACCGAAACGUAUCAAAUGCAGUAUCUGUUCCUCUUAAGGAUCCUAUAUGGGAAGCGGAAUAUCUGAAAAGUCUAAUCUCUUUUUCUCUCAGUCAUCAAAGGCAAGUCACACACGAUUUUCGGCAAAGCCGAUUGUGCAUCGUCCCCGUAAUAAUGUAUUUACAAAAUCACUCGGAGAUGCGAGUCGACGUUAAAAUAAGUACGAUAGGUACUAGUAGCGAAACUCAUCUUCCAAAUGUUAAGUCUCAGCUGUACUCACCGCAAGCUUCGACAUACUACAAGUACGCUGGCCACUCAUCAAUUUAUUCCGAUAUUGAAGCGCAUACAAGUAAUAUCAUGAAAUUACAUGCUGUGCUGCUCAGCGCGGGAACGUACGACCUGGCGGCACGAAUAGAAAUCUCCGUUAAAAUUGUAAAUAGCCAGGAGUAUGUCGCUCAGAAAGGCAAGAUGGAGAGUAUAUGCAUCAUUAAUGAUGGCAGUACGUAGAUUCAUACCUAUCGUGAUUACAGACACUAACGGACAUGGGAGUGCUACAUUUUAGUGUAACUCAGAAUCAUUCCUUGUCAGUAUAUGUACAUACAUAUGGCGUAUGUUGAAAAUUGUUACAUUAUAUUAUAAUUGAUAUUUUAAUAACGCCAACAUAUUUUUUACCUGAUAUAUCACAUUUUAGAGUCGAUUGUUUUGCUGCAAUAAUUUUUUGUAUUCCGGCGAGAUAUAUAAAAAUCAGAAUCUCCCAUUCGGGAUCGAUUUCGUUCAGUAAGUCAGAUUUCACUAAUGUAAUUACUUAACUUUUUUAUGACCAGUUAGUCUCGAGCUACCUCAUGAUAAAUCUACAAAGCAGUCGAACGCAGACUUCAACAACUUUUUUCUGUCGCGUCGCGUUUAUUUGGGGACGACUGCAUAUCUUUAACUGCCAAACAAAUGAUACACACACGUUACCUAUCUUUCAUCAAGACAUAUCGUCUAUAAAGCACUUUUAUACAUAUAAUUAUCCGUCACUUAUU